UUUAUAGCAUAGUAUUCCGAGUUAGACAAAUAAACUUUCGAACGCGUAGCGUGAGAAGUUUAUUUGGCUAACGAGGAAGGCGUUGCUAUAAAUGAUUUGUGACAUGAAUGACACGCCCAUGACAGUCCGUGCAAAAAAAAUCACGUUUGGCGCGAAAAUCUAUCAAAGCGCAUGAUUCUGAAGGAAGCGAUGAUGGCAGACGCAUUCUCUCUACCCUUAGAGUCUCUACCAGAUUGGCUUGAAAUUGAAAAUGUAGAUACGGAUGAUUUGGUUCUCUCUCAGGUUCUUCAAGAAGUCGAGGAAGACAUGUCGUUAGCCAAUGCGUCGGAAACAAUAGAGGAGAAUAUUAGACUGUCGCAAAUUCAUUCAAAUAUGGAACCAUUUUAUAACAUGAGUGUAUCACAGGCUGUGGAUUACUACCACUUGGGAACAUUUGAGCUAGGAGAUUUCUUGCUAACCGACUUAAAAGAUGAGGAUGUCGAACCGGUGCGUUUCACUGCACCAGUUUCAGAUGAGGAUAUAGAAAAGCUGAUAUCGUCUCAAACAAACGCGAACACGAAAAAGAAUACAAAGUGGUCUAUUGGUGUUUUUAAUGAAUGGAGAAUCGCAAGAUCUAAACAUGGCGAUAGUAUUGCUGACAUACAUAUGCUCGAAGCUGCCGAAAUGAACCACUGGCUACAACGUUUCGUGAUUGAAGUGCGUAAUAAGAAAGGCGAGGAAUAUCCCCCCAAGUCACUCUAUAGCAUAAUAUGUGGAUUAUUGCGCUAUUGCAAGGACAUGAACGUGAAUGAUAAGAACUUUCUUGACGAAAAAGACUUGAGAUUUGUUACUUUCAGACGCGUCCUUGAUUCUCGGAUGAAAGAAUUGUUAUCAAAAGGGUUCGGAACAAAAGUUAAAAGAGCUGAUCCUCUCAGUCUACAAGAUGAAGAAAAUUUGUGGCAAAAGGGGGUUUUUGGAAUGACGAAUUCUGUAUCGCUCCAGCAUACUGCUUUUUUCUAUGCAUGCAAACUUUUUGGUUUGCGAGGACGAGAUGAACACCGUAAUCUAGACUGUUCCCAAUUUGAAAUUGGGACCGACCAAACUGGAAAGUAUUUGCGCUUCAUAGGGAGGAGUACAAAAACUUUCAAAGGAGGUUUAUCCCAUCUUAGUCUGGAUAACAAGGAUAUCAAACAUUACUCCGAAGAAGGUCCUCGAUGCAUUGCUACACAUUUUCAGAAAUAUUUAGAGGCGCUCGGUAAUGUGUUAUAGUAGUCUCAGGUUAGCCACACCACCGAUGAAACGUCAACGGACCACACCAGAAAUGCUUAAAGACGUUACAAAUACUAAAGGGGUUGUUCAAUUUUCAAAUUGCAACUUCAACUUUCACUAACUAAGCUCUGCAUUUGAACAAAAUUUCAUUUCAAUAUGUAAUGAACAAUUUUUGGU